GGCGCUAACGGAAUUUUCAUAGAUCAGGUCUGGGCGGAGCAAAUCGGACUCCCCCUUGUAAAAUUAGAUGUAUCUAUUCCCGUCUAUAACGUUGAUAGUACGCUUAACGCGGGUGGCUGCAUCAUGUAUAAAUGUUCUUUUGUGGUCGAAUACCAAGGACACAGAGAACGAGUCACCGCCGAAGCUACCCAACUAGGGAAGAUUAAUUUAUUCUUAGGCUGGACCUGGCUAUUUAAACACAAUCCUGAGAUUGACUGGCAGACAGGGGUUGUCACAUUGUCA